CUCUGUUUCAUUCCUAUAUAAACCAGCGACCCCCCACGGCGAUAAGAGCGGCGGUUGAAUUCUGCGACUGAGAGAGAAAACCGGCGGCGGAGAACCUGAGAUUGAGCGUGGGAGGAAGGCGGGGACACAUCGGAGGGAAGGAUCGCCGAGCAAUCGAUCUAUGCAAACAGGGAAAAUCGCUGCGAUCGUUCAGAUUAGGAGACGACCGGUGGUAGGAGAUGCACCUGAUUAUGAGCUGGUUUGAUAAGUUGCGUUGUUCUUCAAAUCUCAGCCGCAUCAUUGCCGGCGUUCUCAUAUUCAUGCUUUAUCAUUCAUUUCAAUUGAUCUCCAAUUUCCUGCUUCCUAUACAACCGUAAACAAACUCGUCAUCGGGCACCCAAGAAAGCGCGCGCUAGUUUUUUUCGUACGGUUUGCACGGAUCUUAUUGAGUCAGCUCAGGAAACGCAUCGAUCUUGUUUGUCGGCUGGUUUGAAAAUUUCAUGGAUCUCAAAGAUGAUGAUUCUAGAUCAAAUAGAAGUAUCUUUAAUGGCUCGUUUACCUCUCACAUUGAGAGGCAAUAUAGUCCUUCUCCAUCUGUAAUUGUGAUUGGCGGAGGUAUCUCAGGCUUAGCAGCUGCACACACCCUACAGAAUGCCUCUUUCAAGGUGGUGUUGUUGGAAUCAAGAGAUAGAAUUGGUGGGCGUAUUCACACUGACUACACAUUUGGUUGCCCUGUUGACAUGGGAGCAUCAUGGCUACAUGGGGUUUGUAAUGAGAAUCCUUUGGCUCCAAUGAUACGGCGCUUGGGCCUCAACUUAUAUCGUACAAGUGGUGACGACUCUGUGUUGUAUGACCAUGAUCUUGAGAGCUUUAUGCUAUUUGGCAUUGAUGGUAAGCAAGUUCCUCAACAGACAGUCGUUGAAGUUGGAGAAGCAUUCAAAAAUAUUCUCAAAGAGACCGAGAAAGUGAGGGAUGAACAUACACAAGACAUGUCAGUUCAGGAAGCAAUAUCAAUUGUAAUGGAGAGAUAUCCAGAACUGAGGCAAGAUGGACUUGCACAUGAAGUGCUACAGUGGUAUAUAUGCAGAAUGGAAGCAUGGUUUGCUGCCGAUGCAAAUUUGAUAUCUCUGAAGACUUGGGAUCAGGAGGAUGUACUUUCUGGUGGGCAUGGACUAAUGGUACAGGGUUAUUAUCCUGUAAUACAGGCAUUGGCUAAAGACAUAGACAUCCGUUUGAGUCACAGGGUUGUAAGGAUUGCAAAUGGGUAUAACAAGGUAAUGGUGGCAGUUGAGGGCGGGAGAAGUUUCAUAGCAGAUGCCGCUAUUAUUACUGUACCCCUCGGGGUUCUCAAAGCAGAUUUGAUAGAUUUUGAACCGAAAUUGCCUGAGUGGAAGGUUUCUGCUAUAAGAGAUCUUGGUAUGGGGAAUGAAAAUAAGGUUGCGCUUCGGUUCGACGAUGUCUUUUGGCCAAAUGUGGAAUUGUUAGGCAUAGUUGCACCCACGUCUUAUGCAUGUGGUUAUUUUUUAAAUCUACACAAGGCAACAGGCCAUCCCAUCCUCGUCUAUAUGGCUGCUGGAAGCUUAGCCGGUGAUCUUGAGAAGCUAUCUGAUGAGGCUGCUGCAGAUUUUGCAAUGUUGCACCUGAAGAAGAUGUUUCCCAAUGCAAGUGAACCAGUUCAGCAUCUGUUUUCACGGUGGGGGUCGGACCCGGAUUCACUGGGAAGUUACUCAUAUGAUGCGGUUGGAAAGCCAACAGAUGUGUACGACAGGCUGCGAGCCCCCUUAGGAAAUCUCUUCUUUGGAGGCGAAGCGGUUAGCAUGGAGCAUCAAGGGUCUGUCCACGGCGCCUACUCAGCGGGACUCAUGGCUGCGGACAACUGCCGCAGCCAUAUUAUCAAGAAGAGGCUUGGGAGACUGGAAAUGAUGCAGCUUGGCUCUCUCAGGGAAGACAUUCUUGAAACUGCAGUUCCCCUCCAGAUCUCCAGGAUGUGAUGUGAAGAAUUGCAUGCAAUCCAGCCCCACUACUACUACUACUACUACUACUACUUGUACUGGCACUUUAUAUGUGUAAUUGUUCAACCUAAUUGUUCCUAUGAUGAUACUGUGGAAUCCAUACCAAGAAUGAAGCUUUGCAAAUAAUAUAAAUCAUCAUGCCUUGUUUUUCCUUUUAUAUUUCUUGUGUAUUGGGUCAAAUGUGGCCAAAUGUGUGGAAUCCACUCAUUGAAAUUGAUUGAUGUCUAUUGAUAUUCUUAAAUCCCCAAACCCAUACCAAUGAGAGACAUCACAAAGUAUAAUUGCAUUGGUGGAUCAAAUUGCAACUGAAUAGCUUUGUGAUGUCUCCCUCCACCCCAUUAAAUUCUAACAGUUGGA